AUGGCAAGUGGAGAUGCAAUGUUGCAUGGAGUAUAUGGGGGAUGUAUAUCAAUAGAAGAUAUGGGACUUCAACAAAGACCAUAUCAUAGCAAUUGUAGUUGUGCUCUUCAUAAAUCCAAUAGUGGUCAAGCUAGUCAUUGUUCGCAUAUGGUUAAGGUGUCGUACCCAAUGAGGCGGUCUUGGAGCGAAGGUUCCAUGUUGGCUAUGAAGUCGAUGGCACAGUCGCCUGGCUCAUCGCCUUCUUGUUCUUCCUUAUCGAAUACUAUGGCAACGCCGAGCACUAUUAAGGAUUCGUCGCUUUUGCCACAAGUUUAA